AUGCCUGAGCCAGCAAAGUCCGCGCCCAAGAAGGGCUCCAAGAAAGCCGUCACCAAGACCGCCGGCAAAGGCGGCAAGAAGAGGAGAAAGAGCAGGAAGGAGAGUUACGCUAUCUACGUGUACAAGGUGCUGAAGCAGGUGCACCCCGACACCGGCAUCUCCUCCAAGGCAAUGAGCAUCAUGAACUCCUUCGUCAACGACAUCUUUGAACGCAUCGGCGGAGAGGCCUCCCGCCUGGCGCACUACAACAAGCGCUCCACCAUCACCUCCAGGGAGAUCCAGACCGCAGUGCGUCUGCUGCUGCCAGGAGAGCUGGCCAAGCACGCCGUGUCCGAGGGCACCAAGGCCGUGACAAAGUACACCAGCUCCAAGUAA